CAGUUAUUGUAUAGCCUCCAGCAUUUAGUUCUGGCUAUAACAACAAAAAUACAAUAUUCAGAAACUUUAAUAAAACAAUGAAUAUCAAAGUAGCAAUGUAAUGUGUGGGGCUGUGGUACUAAAUUGACUAGCUUCUUUCUUAAUUUAAAGGACAGCGUACAGCACAUGACAGUCUCUGAAACUAAUGGGAAGUCGGUACUCACUGUCUUGUUAAAUCAAUCGCAAGGUCAGGAUUUUCUGUGUGAUGUAUGUCACUGUACUGUAUGGAUGGAUGGAUGUAAAUCAGAGGCACAUUUAGUAUGGGGGCGGUGAAAUAAUAUUUUGCUUCGCGCCAUGGGUAUUUAAACACGAUUUUUGAUCCCCGGUCAUUCAGAAUUGUCGCUGUGUUACAAUGAAAGCUGUGCUUCAAAUUGGUUCCUUUUUCUUGAUCUCGUGGUUCUUCAAUGCGGCGGAUCAAACAAGUGACUUGAACGCAACAUAUGGAUUAACAGGGUCUGUGCUUGGAGAACUGUUGUUUUAUCAAAUGGACAGGAACAGAACCUAUAUCCGAGACAGAGGAGAGCUUGCCACCGGCAUCCCAACGGAAGUUUCCUUCCUGCUCCAUGAUCCCAGCCGAUAUUUCCGCACAGCUUCCUUCUCCUACACAUGGGACCUGGGUGAUGGGAAACAAAUGGCAACAGCUAUACCAUACAUCAGGUAUAACUACACCUCCCCUGGCAACUACACAAUGAAUCUGCAGGUCUGGGCAUUUUGGGAUCCCAGGCGAGGAAGAAGCUUCCAUCCUAAAAGUUGGAAAUACAACGCAGAACUGAAAGUGCUAGAUGCUGUCAAGAGCAUUGAGUUCAACGGCCCUCCAAGUGCCCACAUACACAAGAGCACCAGCCUGUCUUUAUCUGUCAAUGGAAGCCCUCCAAUGACCCUGUGCUGGGUGAUGAUUCCUGAUUGUGUUCCAGUUGCAACAAGACAGUGCCACCUAGUGAGGAUGAAGGGAAAGACGUGCAGCAUAAACUACACCUUUACAAACACAGGGAGAUACUGCCUGAGUGUGACUGCCAAGAACGACAUCAGCAUGCUGCAGGUGUAUCAUGACAUCACUGUCUGGCAGGAUGCCACACACCGGCUCUUGUUCAUCCUGCCCUGUGUGGCUCUCAUUCUCAUCUGUCUGGGAGUCAUCGCCUUCUCAGCCUUACGACCUAACAGUGCGAGAAUGAAGCACUUGGUGGAGGUUUCAAAUUUUGACUUCUCCCUGGACAAAUCAGCAGAGGGGACCCAGGAUUCUGAGCUGAGAUCUCACAACUUCUGCUGUUUUAACUGCUCCAAGUCCCCCAUCCACAAAGAGGAGGACCCAGAGCAGGAUGGUGAAGGGUUCCCACUUCUACAGAGUGCUGGCAGGCCUGUCCAGACAUACCUGGCUUAACCAGCCAGACCCUGGCUCUGUUUCACAGUGCCUUCAAACCAACGCUGUUACUAGUUAAGUAAUAACAUUUAAUCCUGCAAAGCCAUAAUUACUUGGUUGCCUCGUAUCCAUCCAUUUAGUGUAGUGCCUUAGACUGAAUGCCAUUCCUGUUUGAAGCUACGUUAUCUUGGUGACUGUGCCCUGCAAUCUUUAGCACUUUAGAGCCUAUACCCAGAGAAUGUGAUCUAUUGACUACUAUGCACUUGUUUUGACUAUCAACUUUGAUUUCGAACUAAGUUUGAUUUUAAAAAUGUAAAAAAUAUAAUGCUGAUACACUGCACAAAGAAUGGCUUGUUUCUUGUGAGGGGUACACAGGUUGUAGUCACCAGUUGGUGGCUAGAAAACGAAUUAAACUUUGCGCACUGACGUUUGAAGGGCUGUCUUCAGUUUCAACAAGCAUAUACAAGUGAGAGUAGAAGCAGCUGUGAAAGUGUCUUCAGCAGUGCUUUAACUGGUACGGUUUGAACUUUGCCAGCUCAUACCUCAGGCACACUGCUGCAGAGAACCAUUGUCCUUUUUUUUUUACCUUUGGUACUGUUCUGGUGUCUGUUCAAUUUUUCAUUGUAUGCUUGAUUUAGGAAGUGUAAUUUAUGCUUUGGAUUGCAUUGUGGGUGAAAGCAGCUACCCCACUGAAGUGAUGGAAUGCGAUAACAAGCCUGCAAACCUCAUCUGUGCAAACAUUGCCAUAUAGAAUUUAAAACCCUUGCAUUGCACGCACACACAUGAAAUUCUUGAGACAUUUAAUCUGAACUCAUUCAAAACAUAAAACAGUUAACCCCACGUUCUGAGUUAAAACUACAAGUGGACAGCUGUGCCUUAUUUGAAUACAAUUACUGUGCUUAAUCAUGCUGCUUGACAUUGUUGUUAUAUAUGAUGUUCCAUCUUUACUAAGUGCCUUUAUGCUGUUUCCGGUAUUAGGCUACCUCUACUACAAAGCCCUGUGAACCCUAGUAUCCGGAAUGUGAUAAUAGCAAGCACAUAUGUGGCUCUGGCAGGGAUACAAAGAAGGUAGAUAGUUGAAGUAUUCUGUAUACUGCAAUGCAAAUUUUUUUUUUUUUCUGUGUUUCCAAUGCUGUUUGUUUGUGUCUGUUAUUGUUGUUCAUUGAGUUUAUUUUCUGUUAUCCAAAGAAGUAAACAAGAAGAAUAUUGUUGUAAUGCCCAUAAAAAAAGCACAUGUUGGUUAAGAAGAGGUACCUCUGUUGUAGUGUAACUGUUUUACACAUUCUGUUUUCUCUCUCUUUAUUUGUUGGUGCAUCUUUUCUGUACUGUGAAUAUUUAGAGAAAAAAAAAAACAUUUGAUUUGAGCUUGUUUUCAAUAUGGAAAAUAAACACAGCGCCAGUCUUUGAGUCAAGGGAGCACAUUAUAUUCAAUUAAAUUCUCUCCAUUUGGUUUUCAGACUGUCUGCUUUAUAAUGCAGAUUGCAGUUCACUAUAGCCUAAGGUAAGCACCACAUGCCCAGAUUCUAAUCCAAUACUCCUAAGAAGAAAGGCUGGUGUAUGUACUGUCUGUGUUCCUAACCAGAUUAUUAAGUAUUCAGAAUAACAAGAUGCUUCAGGCUAGUUCUACUGUGAAAGCUAAGCCAUCAAGUAACUGCUCGAGAUCACAUGGCAGGUGACAGCAGUAGGGGCUUAGUUUCUUCCCAUAAAGGUGAUGUCCAGAGUAGGGUUAACCGAGCUAGAGAGCCCUGUGGGUGUGCAGCUGUGACUGUCUCAAAGUGUAGAAUUGGUUGCCCUUCUCCUCAUUUGAACUUAGUAUAAAAUCAUAAAUACUUUCACACAAUUAUUUCAAAACGUAAGAGAGGUUGGAACAUGAUCUGAUAGUCGGUCAUUCCCAGAGAUCCUCAUCUACUAGGAAUGUGCUCAUCUUUCUAUCUCCCUCUGCACAGAUACAGUGAAUUACAUACAAAAAACAAAUCAUUUGAAAAUAAUGUACAGAACUGCAUUAUAACUCGUUGAAAAUGGUAAGUGAACGUUAGGACUCAUUUGAUGUGAGGAAGCCAGAUUUAGCAGUUUAGAUUCAAUCCGCUAGUUACUUGCCACAUGUGCCCUCUCAUUGCCGAGAGGACACCCAGCUGCCUGCUAUAGCAAGGUUGAUCUGAAAUGUUAACUCUCAAUAUUGUGAUUUUAUUUACUGUACCUCAAUGUUCCUAUAAGAGAGCGCUGGUCCUCAGUGGAGCCAGCAUUCUACCCACGCAUUCUGCAUAUUCUACAAACCUCAUACCAGGAGUGGCCAAAGUUUCAAUCCUGGUCUUUGUUCCAACCUUGUUCUAAAUUGUUUAAUUGGACCACACCUUUAUCCAGACCCUGAAGUAGUUAAUUAUCUCAUUUUACUUGUGAAAUCAGUAGUGGAAUCGCCUCCAGGACUGUGAUUUGACACCCCUGCCUUGUACAGCCACAGUGCCAUGUAACAAGAAGUUCAAACUAUGAAAUAGUGUCUGCUUCGUCAAGUGUA